AUGUAUAACAACGCGAUGCGAAUGAUUCGCGAUGUCAUGCUCACAACAUUUCACGUAAACAGGUUUUCUCAAUUGUGUUGGUUGUUGAGAGGCAUAGUUGAAAAUGAAAAAGAUUGGAACGCUCAUCAGUCUUUAUCUCAAAGUCCAUGUGGUACCAUUACAGCAAACAUCCACAUACUUAGACCAUAA